GUCUUGUACUUCUCACGAUUUUGUUUACUAUAAUUUCUUCUUAUUUAACGACAAACAUACAUUUAAACGGCUAUUGUGAACGGUCGUGUUUGGAACUAUAACAAGAGGCAUCGAGUACAUAUGUUCCUGCAUGAGUGUGUCCCGUAAACUAUGGACAGCACAUUGUGUUUAGUUAUGCUUUCUAUCAUAACAGUACAAGCCAGCGCCCAAGACAGCAGCGGUUUUAUUGGCAACGCCUGCUAUGGGACCAACCAUGCAUGCGAUUUCUACAGCCUUCAAUGUCCACAAGGAGAAAUCAUUCACCUUUAUAAUCUCAUCGCUGGGGGGAAGUCGGAACCCACAUGUCGAUCCGAGCAACACUGCUCAGGAGGGCUUGACUGCUGUUCGUUUAGCCAAGGGGACAUAACCUCUACUUUCAACCUAGAGAACACGUACCAUACAUACAGGAAUUGUUCUGGGCGACAAUCGUGUACAGCCAUUCAGGCUCCCUGGCAGCGCUUGGACACGCAGACGUUCUCGUCGUAUGUUCACAUUGAAUACACAUGUGAAAGAGCUUCAACGAAAAUACCUAUGUGUGGAAGUAAUCCAAGUAUUUACACGUCGUCAGCAGAGGUUUGGUUCGACGGCUCAAUAGAAACGUUUGAUCCCACCAAGGCCAGCAAAGAAUGCGCAUGUACAAUCAAGAAUAACCAAAUAGGGAGGGGUCUAGAAGUGUACAUGUAUCUACUGGAUGUCCGACUAGAGAGCCACUAUGUAGGGAAUGUCUCAUCCGCAGCGUGCUCCAGUGCGCAAUUCUACUCAGAAAUGAUUGUCAUUCAAUGUGCCAAUACAACUCAGCACUGGGUGACAAAUUUCAAAUAUUACGAUUCAAACAGUUUCACUCACCAGUAUUCUAAAGUAUUAGGAUCUGGUCAGACAACAGAUCUUGGCCUUUCAAGCCUGUAUAAAAAUAGACAAAGAGACGCCCCGGCUUUGGUUUGGAUUAAGAUUGCGUCAGCAAGGUCGUCCGACACAUUUGAGAUAAUUUGCGGAGAAGUUACACCUGCAUAUUUCACAACAACAACAACAACAACAACAACAACACCACCAACAACAACACCACCACCAACAACAACAAGAACAGUAACAACACCAACGGCAUCAAUAAGAAAAACAAAAACUGCAGCAGCAAAAACAGCAACAACAACAUCAUCAUCAACAACAACAGCAACAACAACAACAUCUGUAGAAACAAUGACGACAACACCGUUUACUACUACUUCCAAGGCAACAACGACAACAAAAAAUCAUUCUGUUACAACCAAACUUUCAAUUGUAACAUUUCCAAGGAGAACAUCAACAACAUCUUUACCAGAAACUAGGACCUCAUCUUCCACAACUGCAAAACCUGUAACAACAAUACCCGUGACCACAAUGGGGACACCCAUGAAGCCAAGAACUACUUCAGCCCCAUUGGUGAACGCCACGGAGGAAACAACUCCAGUAUCUGCAGUGGUGGUAGCUGUUCCGAUAGCAUGUGUGUUAGCCACGAUGUUGGCUGUGUCCACCGCAUUCUUCUUCAAGGAACGAAGAAAACGAAUGGAAGCUGAAAACGGAAAUACUAACACGAGUGUCAGGGACAGAAGUGUUACAAGACUGCAAGAGUUUCCAUCAGAACGAGUGUAUGAUACCAUCGGUGAAACAAACACUCCUGAGGGUAACUACAAUUUAGGAACACGCAAUUUAACGAACAACUUAGCUCAUGUUUACACCGAAAGUGCGCCGGUAGCCCCUGUUCAGCAAACCAAUACUGACGCUGAUAUAAGUGGUCAAAAUUGUGGCUACGAGACAUUACAACACUCUCCCUAUCAGAACACAGACACUAAUGGUGUACCAUGUAGUGUUUACAACCAGCUCACGUUUUGAUUUCGUUGUCUUUAAAAUGUAAGUCGAUUUCGAGGCCAAUGUGUACGGAUAAAGAUUGGUUUUGAUGAUCAAUUUACUUAUUUCCUCCAUGCACAAGUUGUGAAACAAUAUACAAUAGUUUGGAACAAUAACAAAAUUAUCAUGGCAUAGCUGUUCCUUUUACAAUGGUAAUUUGAACAUUUGUAAAGAAUAGAGAAACACGAAACUUGA